GCCAUCUUGAAACCAACUUCGCAAACUUUCGCAAAGUGUUCUCGCAGUGGAAGCUGCGCGGGAGGCCGGGCGCGCGGUCCCCGGUGUCCCCACCAGGGGCCCCGGGGAGGCGGGGCCCAGGCCGCCCCGAGGGCCUGGUGCCCAGCGCGCGGGUGCCGCCCCCCGGUCGCGCCGAGUGGAUGCGGAGGUGCGCCGGGUGCAUGGAUUGUACUUGGGGGCCCGGCUCGGGCUCGGGCUCCGGGCCAUGGCGCCCUCGCCGCCACCCGUGCUGCCCUUGCUGCUGCUGCUGGCCGCCGCCACCGCCCUGCCGGCGCUGGGGCUGCAAGCGGCCGCCUGGGAGCUGCGCGUGCCCGGCGGGGCUCGCGCCUUUGCCCUCGGACCCGCCUGGACCUACGCCUCGGACAGUGCGCGCACGCCUGACGCGCCGCAGGAACUGCUGGACGUGAGCCGCGACGGGCGGUUGGUGCGGCAUCAGAGCGGGCAGGUGCCGGGCCCAGGGUCCCGCGGCUGCGUGCACCUCGGGGUGCGCCAGCUGCCGCUGCAGGUCCGCCUGGCGGCCGGAGGCCCUGGAAAUAGUGCCUGGCGGCUUCGGGGCAGGCAAGCGCUGGGCAUGGAGCUACGUGCUCGGGACAUGCUCUCAGCACCCGGGCCCAGAGGGGCUCUCUGCUUCCCAGUCCCUGGAAGUGGUGGAGGUGGCGGCACGGCCACUGUCCCGGACUGCUGUUGCCGGCCACACCCCAGGUCCCUCUGCCUGCGCCACCACGUCUGCCUGCUGCCCGGCGGCUCUGUCCGCUGGCGCCUGCUGUGUGCUGGCGCCGCCCGAGUGGACCUGGCGUCGGAGGCGGCCCCGUCGCCUAGCCCGACGCCGGCCCGGGCCAGGGCUGGGGGCGUGCGACGAGCGCGGCGGGGCGCGGGCGGCAGUGCUAGCCCGCAGUUCCCACUGCCCAGCUACCAGGUGUCGGUGCCCGAGAACGAGCCUGCAGGCACGGCAGUUAUCGAGCUGCGCGCACACGACCCCGACGAGGGCGAGGCCGGGCGCCUAAGCUACCAGAUGGAGGCACUGUUCGACGAGCGCUCCAGCGGUUACUUCCUCAUCGACGCGGCCACGGGCGCUGUGAGCACGGCCCGCGCAUUGGACCGCGAGACCCAGGACACACACGUACUCAAGGUCAGCGCCGUGGACCACGGCUCGCCGCGGCGCUCGGCUGCCACCUACCUCACCGUCACGGUCAGCGACACCAACGACCACAGCCCUGUCUUUGAGCAGGCAGAGUACCGCGAGCGCGUGCGCGAGAACCUCGAGGUGGGCUCCGAGGUGCUGACCAUCCGUGCCACAGAUGGCGACGCGCCCUCUAACGCCGACAUGCGCUACCGCCUGCUGCAGGGCGGGCGCGGCGUGUUCGAGAUCGACGCGCGCUCAGGAGUGGUGCGCACGUGCGCUGCGGUGGACCGCGAGGAGGCGGCGGAGUACCAGCUGCUGGUGGAGGCGGACGACCAGGGCCGCAACCCAGGCCCGCGCAGCGCCACGGCCACGGUCCACAUCACCGUGGAGGACGAGAACGACAACUACCCGCAGUUCAGUGAGAAACGCUACGUGGUGCGCGUGCCCGAGGACGUGGCGGUCAACACGGCCGUGCUGCGCGUACAGGCCACUGACCGCGACCAGGGCCAGAACGCGGCGGUGCACUAUAGCAUCGUCAGCGGCAACCUCAAGGGCCAGUUCUACCUGCACGCGCUGAGCGGCAGCCUGGACGUCAUCAACCCGCUGGACUUCGAGGCCAUCCGCGAGUACACGUUGCGCAUCAAGGCGCAGGACGGGGGCCGCCCGCCGCUCAUCAACUCCUCGGGACUGGUGUCCGUGCAGGUGCUGGACGUGAAUGACAACGCGCCCAUCUUCGUGAGCAGCCCCUUUCAGGCCGCCGUGCUGGAGAGCGUGCCGCUCGGCCACUCGGUGCUGCACAUCCAGGCCGUGGACGCCGACGCCGGCGAGAACGCACGCCUGCGCUACCGCCUGGUGGACACGGCCGCCCGGGCCGGGGGUGCUGCUGCCAGCCCUGGCUCGUUCCCCUUUCAGGUACACAACAGCUCGGGCUGGAUCACAGUGUGCGCCGAGCUGGACCGCGAGCAGGUGGAGCACUACAGCUUCGCAGUGGAAGCCGCAGACCAUGGCUCCCCCGUCAUGAGUGCCUCGGCCAGCGUGUCCAUUACCGUGCUGGACGUGAAUGACAACGACCCUGUGUUCACGCAGCCCGUGUACGAGCUGCGUCUGAACGAGGACGCGGCUGUGGGCAGCAGCGUGCUGACGCUGCGCGCCCGUGAUCGUGACGCCAACAGUGUUAUCACCUACCAGCUCACAGGCGGCAACACCCGCAACCGCUUCGCACUCAGCAGCCAGAGCGGGGGCGGCCUCAUCACACUGGCCCUGCCGUUGGACUACAAGCAGGAACGCCAGUACGUGCUCUCCGUGACUGCGUCCGAUGGCACGCGCUCGCACACGGUGCAGGUCUUCAUCAACGUUACAGAUGCCAACACGCACCGGCCCGUCUUCCAGAGCUCGCACUACUCGGUGAGCGUCAGUGAGGACCAGCCUGUGGGCACCUCCAUCGCCACCAUCAGCGCUACGGAUGAGGACACGGGUGAGAACGCGCGCAUCACCUAUGCCCUGGAGGACCCCGUGCCCCAGUUCCGCAUCGACCAGCACACGGGCACCGUCUAUACCACCGCCGAGCUGGACUACGAGGACCAGGCUGCCUACACGCUGGCCAUCAUGGCCAGGGACAGCGGCAUCCCCCAGAAGUCCGACACCACCUCGCUGGAGAUCCAGGUGUUGGAUGCCAACGACAACGCCCCCCGCUUCCUGCGGGACUUCUACCAGGGCUCUGUCUUUGAGGAUGCCACCCCGUCCACCAGUGUCCUGCAGGUCUCUGCCACUGACCGGGACUCGGGCCCCAAUGGCCGGCUGCUCUACACCUUUCAGGGUGGGGAUGAUGGUGACGGGGACUUCUACAUUGAGCCCACGUCAGGCGUGAUCCGUACUCAGCGCCGGUUGGACCGAGAGAAUGUGGCUGUGUACACCCUGUGGGCCCUGGCCGUGGACCGGGGCAGCCCGGCCCCACUGAGCGCCUCGGUGGAGGUCCAGGUGACCGUCCUGGACAUCAAUGACAACCCGCCCGUGUUCGAGCGGGAUGAGCUGGAGCUGCUGGUGGAAGAGAACAGCCCCGUGGGGUCGGUGGUGGCCAGGGUCCACGCCCACGACCCCGACGAGGGCCCCAAUGCCCAGAUCAUGUACCAGAUAGUGGAGGGUAAUGUGCCUGAGGUCUUCCAGCUCGACCUGCUCAGUGGGGACCUGCGGGCCCUGGCUGAGCUGGACUUCGAGGUGUGCCGGGAGUACGUGCUGGUGGUACAGGCCACGUCGGCCCCGCUGGUGAGCCGGGCCACCGUGCGCAUCCGCCUCCUGGACCAGAACGACAACCCGCCCGUGCUGCGGGACUUCCAGAUCCUCUUCAACAACUACAUCACCAAUAAGUCCAAUAGCUUCCCCGGCGGCGUGAUCGGCCGCAUCCCUGCCCACGACCCAGACCUCUCCGACAGCCUCAACUACACCUUCGUGCGGGGCAAUGAGCUGCACCUGCUCCUGCUGGACUCUGCCACGGGCGAGCUGCAACUCAGCCGAGAUCUGGACAACAACCGGCCACUGGAGGCACUCAUGGAGGUGUCUGUGUCCGACGGCAUCCACAGUGUCACGGCGCUCUGCACGCUCCGCGUCACCAUAAUCACGGACGACAUGCUGACCAACAGCAUCACCGUGCGGCUGGAGAACAUGUGGCAGGAGCGCUUCCUCUCCCCGCUGCUGGCCCUCUUCGUGGAGGGCGUGGCCACUGUGCUGUCCACCACCAAGGACGACGUCUUCGUCUUCAACAUCCAGAACGACACGGACGGCAGCGGCAACAUCCUCAACGUGAGCUUCUCAGCGCUGCUGCCGGGUGCCGGCCGCGGCCGCUUCUUCCCGUCGGAGGAGCUGCAGGAGCACAUCUAUCUGAACCGCUCGCUGCUCACCACCAUCUCCGCCCAGCGCGUGCUGCCCUUCGACGACAACAUCUGCCUGCGGGAGCCCUGUGAGAACUACAUGAAGUGCGUGUCGGUGCUGAGGUUCGACAGCUCCGCACCCUUCAUCAACUCCACCAGCGUGCUCUUCCGGCCCAUCCACCCCAUCAACGGCCUGCGCUGCCGCUGCCCGCCCGGCUUCACCGGCGACUACUGUGAGACCGAGAUCGACCUCUGCUACUCCAGCCCCUGCGGUGCCAACGGCCGCUGCCGCAGCCGCGAGGGGGGCUACACCUGCGAGUGCUUCGAGGACUUCACAGGGGAGCACUGUGAGGUGAACGCCCGCUCAGGCCGCUGUGCCAAUGGUGUGUGCAAGAACGGGGGCACCUGCGUGAACCUGCUGGUUGGCGGCUUCCACUGUGUGUGCCCUCCCGGCGAGUUCGAGCGGCCGUACUGCGAGGUCAGCGCCCGGAGCUUCCCGCCCCGGUCCUUCGUCACCUUCCGUGGCCUGCGGCAGCGUUUCCACUUCACCAUUGCACUUGCGUUUGCCACGCGGGAGAGGAAUGCCCUGCUGCUGUACAAUGGCCGCUUCAACGAGAAGCAUGACUUCAUCGCCCUGGAGGUGAUUGAGGGGCAGGUGCAGCUCACCUUCUCAGCAGGUGAGAGCAGAACCUCUGUGGCUCCGCAGGUUCCGGGAGGCGUGAGCGAUGGGCGCUGGCACUCGGUGCAGGUGCAAUAUUACAACAAGCCCAACAUUGGCCGCCUGGGCCUGCCCCAUGGGCCGUCGGCAGAGAAGGUGGCCGUGGUGACUGUGGAUGACUGUGACACCGCCGUGGCUGUGCGCUUUGGAAACCUUGUCGGCAACUACAGCUGUGCUGCCCAGGGCACCCAGAGCGGCUCCAAGAAGUCCCUGGAUCUGACGGGGCCUCUGCUCCUGGGCGGGGUCCCCAACCUGCCCGAGGACUUCCCUGUGCACAACCGACAGUUCGUGGGCUGCAUGCGGAACCUGUCCAUUGAUGGCAGGAGUGUGGACAUGGCGAGCUUCAUCGCCAACAAUGGCACAAAGACAGGCUGUGCCGCCCAGAGGAACUUCUGCGAUGGGACCUGGUGCCAGAACGGGGGCACCUGUGUCAACAGGUGGAACACUUACCUCUGUCUGUGCCCGCUCCAGUUUGGCGGGAAGAACUGCGAGCAAGCCAUGCCCCACCCCCAGCGCUUCAGCGGCGAGAGCCUCGUGGCCUGGAGCGAGCUGGACAUCACCAUCUCCGUGCCCUGGUACCUGGGGCUCAUGUUCCGCACCCGGAAGGCGGACGGCGUGCUGGUGGCGGCCACCGCGGGCGUGUCCUGCAGGCUCCUGUUGCAGAUCCUGAACAGCCACAUCCAGUUCGAGGUGUCCCAUGGGCCAUCCGACGUGGCGUCCAUGAGCCUGUCCAGGUCCCAGGUGACCGAUGGGGAGUGGCACCACGUGCUGAUAGAGCUGCAGAGUGCCAAGGACGGCAAGGACAUCAAGUACCUGGCCGUCAUGACCUUGGACUACGGGAUGGACCAGAACACGGUGCAGAUCGGGAACCAGCUCCCGGGCCUGAAGCUGAGGAGCAUCGUGGUCGGGGGCGAGGCUGAGGACAAGGUGUCAGUGCGCCGCGGAUUCCAGGGCUGCUUGCAGGGAGUGAGGAUGGGGGAGACGUCCACCAACGUGGCCACACUGAACAUGAAGGAUGCGCUGAAAGUCAGGGUGCAGGAUGGCUGUGACGUGCAGGACCCCUGCGCCUCCAGCCCCUGCCCUCCGCACAGCCGCUGCCAGGACACCUGGGAUGACUACGCGUGCGUGUGUGAGGCGGGCUACUUCGGAAGGAAGUGUGUGGAUGUGUGCGAGCUGAACCCCUGCGAGCCUGUGGCAUCCUGUGUGCGCUCCCCCAGCUCCGUGAGGGGCUACACGUGUGCAUGUGGGCCUGGCCGCUAUGGGCCCUACUGUGAGCACAGGGUAGACCUUCCGUGCCCCCGGGGCUGGUGGGGAAAUCCCGUGUGUGGGCCCUGCCUGUGCGCCGUCAGCAAAGGCUUCGACCCUGACUGCAACAAGACGACCGGCCAGUGCCAGUGCAAGGAGAACUACUACAAGCCCCCAGCCCAGGAUGCCUGCCUGCCCUGUGACUGCUUCCCCCACGGCUCACGCAGUCGUACCUGUGACAUGGACACCGGGCAGUGUGCCUGCAAGCCUGGCGUGGUCGGCCGCCAGUGCAACCGCUGUGACAACCCUUUCGCCGAGGUCACCAUGCUCGGCUGUGAAGUGAUCUACAGUGGGUGCCCCCGAGCGUUCGAGGCAGGCAUUUGGUGGCCGCAGACCAAGUUCGGGCAGCCAGCUGCUGUGCCCUGCCCCAAGGGAUCCGUAGGAAAUGCCGUCCGACACUGCAGCGCCGAGAAGGGCUGGCUGCCCCCUGAGCUCUUCAACUGCACCAGCAGCUCCUUCCUGGACCUCAGGGGCAUGAACGAGAGGCUGAGCCGCAAUGAGACACGGCUGGAUGGCGUGGGGUCUCUGCGGCUGGCAAAGGCACUGCGAAAUGCCACACGGCCGCCCGGCCUGCUCUUCGGCAAUGACCUGCGGACGGCUUUCCGGCUGCUGGCCCGUGUCCUGCAGCAUGAGAGCCACCAGCAUGGCUUCGACCUGGCAGCCACACGCGACGCAGACUUCCAUGAGGACAUGGUGCAGACGGGCAGCGCCCUCCUGGCGCCGGCCACCAGGCCCGCGUGGGAGCAGAUCCAGCGUGGCGAGGGCGGCGUGGCACAGCUGCUGCAGCGCUUCGAGGCCUACUUCAGCACUGUGGCCCAGAACGUGCGUGGCACCUACCUCAGGCCCUUCGUGCUCGUCACUGCCAACAUGAUUCUUGCAGUCGACAUCUUCGACAAGUUCAACUUCUCGGGCGCCAGGGUGCCACGGUUCGGGGACAUCCAGGAGGAGUUCCCCAAGGAGCUGGAGUCCUCUGUGUCCUUCUCCUCAGACUUCUUCAGGCCUCCUGAGAGGAAAGAAGGUGCUGUGGGCAGACCAGCCAGCCGGAGGGCCAGCCCACAGACAGCACGGCCCGCGCCCAGCACAGAGGAUGAGGUGCCUCCUGGCAGGCGAAGGCGGCACCCAGACGAGCCCAGCCAAGUCGCCGUUGCCCUGGUCGUCAUCUACCGGACCCUGGGCCAGCUGCUGCCUGACCACUAUGACCCUGACCGCCGCAGCCUCCGGUUGCCUAACCGGCCCGUCAUCAACACGCCCGUGGUAAGCACCGUGGUGUACAGUGAGGGACCCCCGGUGUCCAGCCCUCUGGAGAGGCCCAUCCAGCUGGAGUUUGCGUUGCUGGAGACCGAGGAGCGCACCAAACCUGUGUGCGUGUUCUGGAACCACUCCCUGGCCGUCGGCGGGACCGGAGGGUGGUCAGCCCGGGGCUGUGAACUCCAGUCCAGGAACCGGAGCCAUGUGGUGUGCCAGUGCAGCCAUGCGGGCAGCUUCGCUGUGCUCAUGGACAUCUCCAGGCGUGAGCACGGGGAGGUCCUGCCCCUGAAGAUCGUGACCUACGCUGCCGUGGCCUUGUCCCUGGCUGCCCUGCUGCUGGCCUUCAUCCUCCUGGCCCUGGCCCGGGCGCUGCGCUCCAACCUGCACAGCAUCCACAGGAACCUCAUCGCUGCCCUCUUCCUCUCCCAGCUCAUCUUCGUGGUUGGCAUCAACCAGACGGAGAACCCGUUCCUGUGCACCGUGGUCGCCAUCCUCCUGCACUAUGUCUACAUGAGCUGCUUCGCCUGGACGCUGGUCGAAGGCCUGCAUGUCCACCGCAUGCUGACCGAGGUGCGCAACAUCGAUGCUGGGCCCAUGCGCUUCUACUACGUCAUCGGCUGGGGCAUCCCUGCCGUCGUCACAGGACUGGCAGUGGGCCUGGACCCCCAGGGCUAUGGCAACCCUGACUUCUGCUGGCUGUCUCUCCAUGACACCCUCAUCUGGAGCUUUGCCGGGCCCAUUGCAGCGGUCAUAAUUAUCAAUACGGUCAUGUUUGUGCUGUCUGCCAAGGUCUCCUGCCACAGAAAGCACCAUUACUACGAAAGGAAGGGAGUCGUCGCCCUGCUGAGAACGGCCUUCCUGCUGCUGCUGCUCGUGAGCGCCACCUGGCUGCUGGGGCUGCUGGCCGUGAACAGCGACCUGCUGCUCUUCCACUACCUCUUUGCGGGGUGCAGCAGCCUGCAGGGCCUCUUCGUCCUCCUGUUCCACUGCAUGUUUAACAGGGAGGUGCGGAAGCACCUGCGGGCGGCGCUGGCCGGCAAGAAGCUGCAUCUGGACGACUCGGCCACCACCAGGGCCACCCUGCUGACGCGCUCCCUCAACUGCAACAACACGUACAGCGAGGGAGCCGACAUGCUUCGCACGGCGCUGGGCGAGUCCACUGUCUCGCUGGACAGCACGGUCAGGGAUGAAGCCGUACAGAAGCUGAGUGUGUCUUCCAGACCAGCACGGGGCGGGCAUGGGGAGGUGGACUCGUCCUUCAUCCCCAGGAGCUCCAAGAAACUCCACGGCCCCGACUCAGACUCGGACAGCGAGCUGUCCCUGGACGAGCACAGCAGCUCCUAUGCCUCCUCACGCUCGUCAGACAGCGAGGAUGAGGCCGGAGAGGCUGCAGACACGUGGGCCCCGGGCCAAGGCCCAGCCCACAGCACCCCGAAAGUGGACACCGUAGCCAACCACAUCCCAGCCGGCUGGCCCAACGAGAGCCUGGCUGGGAGCGACAGUGAGGAGGCGGGCGAGGCAGCCCAGCUGCGGGUGGAGACCAGGGUCAGCGUGGAGCUGCACCAGGAGGAGCGGGAUGGCGGGGGUCCAGCCAAGCCUGCCUUGCCCUGCAGCCAGCCCCAGGAGCAGAGGAAAGGCAUUCUGAAAAACAAGGUCUUGUACCCACCGCCACUACCACCAGAGCAGCCGCUCAAGUGCUGGCUGCGGGAGAAGCUGGCCGACUGUGAGCAGAGCCCCGCGUGCUCACGCGCCUCCUCCCUGGGCUCCGCCGACGGGGUCCGCGCCCCCGACUGCGCCAUCACCAUCAAGACCCCACGGCGGGAGCCGGGGCGCGAGCACCUCAAUGGGGUGGCCAUGACCGUGUGCGUGGGGAGCGCCCAGGCUGACGGCUCCGACUCUGAAGGCAGUAAUGAAACUUCAAUUUGAACCAUCAGGAACCGGUGAGGCCCGUCACCCUGAUGAGAGAGGGCCCGAGGCGUGGAGUUCCUGCAGUCCCUCGGGGGCAGGGCCCACAGACUCCGUGGCUGGUGCCAUAGCUGAGCACGGGAGGCAGCCGUCCUCGGAGGGGACACAGGCAGAGCCCUGCUGCCA